AGUGGACAUUUUGACAACCGCACUGAGCAAACAUGGCGGCGGCCGUAGAUAGUGUUGUGAAAGUGUAAGUUGUCCUUUAUUUUUUAAAGGAGUAGGAGCAUGUGACACUUUUAGAGAUGUAGGCCCCGACGCAGGAGUUGACACUGUAUUGGAAACUAUGUAGAAAAUGACUGUUUGCCGUCUAGUCUUUACGGCAAAGCGUUGUCUAGCCAACUAGCUAUUGUUUCUCUUUGCUAACUAGCUAGCAAGUUUAGCUAGUUAUAUUAGACAAUGCUACAGUUGAAAACGAUUGUCCUUUGUUAACUUACUGUAAACUGUUUCAGUACAAGACGUACAUGUAUAAACGGUCGACAAAGAUUAUGGUGUGAAUUUAAAUUGCACCUAACGUUAACGAAUAGCUAUGUAGCUAGCUUUAUAAAUAGGCCCAUCGUUCACUGAGACCAGCGUAGCUAGCCUGCCAACAAUUCAAGUGCACCUUGACUGCGGUUCGGCAUUGUCUACCUACCGUCUCUGUAUUGUUCGCUAAAGCAGCCAAGUGUUUUCGUGCAUUUGCUCAUAACUUUUCGAACAUCGUCAAUCGGAUUCUGUGGGAUACACACAGUCAUAUGGUUUGAUUGUUGUAAAACUGUAGCUAGGUAUUAUCCUGUAAUAUUACAGAGAACGGAGUGGUCCUGUACAACUAUACAGGAUUAUUCGUUUUGAAAUGGUUAGAUUAACCACCAUGAUCAUUUCUAGUCUAGCAUGAGUGUGAUUGUGUUUUCUUGUUUCAGGCUCGGGGAGCAGUACUAUAAGGAUGCUAUGGAACAGUGCCACAGCUAUAACGCCCGUCUGUGUGCGGAGAGGAGCAUCCUGAUGCCUUUCAUCGACUCUCAGACGGGUGUUGCUCAAAGCAACUGCUACAUCUGGAUGGAGAAGAGACACAGGAGUGCAGGUCUGUAGCGAAGACACACACACAUUCACUCUCCCAAAAGCACACUUUAAUGAUCAACACUUUUUUGGGGGAUCAGGCAUUGCUCCUGGGCAGCUGUAUAGCUAUCCGUCUCGACGCUGGAGGAAGAAACGACGAUCCCACCCUCCCGAGGACCCCCGUUUGGCCUUCCCCCCUAUCAAAUCAGGUACAAUUCCUCAUCCUAUGGCUUUUCAUUGUUUCUUUAUAUGUCAGAGGGAAUAGUGUGGCCUGUUAGUCUUCUGCCUCAGGCCCUGUGUAGCUCAGUUGGUAGAGCAUUGCGCUUGCGACGCCAGGGUUGUGGGUUCGAUUCCCACGGGGGGCCAUUAUGAAAAAUGUAUGCACUCACUAAUUGUAAGUCGCUCUGGAUAAGAGCGUCUGCUAAAUGACUAAAAUGUAAAAUGUAUUGAAUAAGAUUGAAUAAGCCUCUGUCUCUCUGUGUAGCGGAGCUGGAGCUGGGUCUUAAACGGGAUGCCGUGGGAGCGGUGGACGGCAGCAGCCUGGAGGCCCUGCUGAAGGGGGAGCCCCUGGAGAGGAGGGGCCCGCCGGACCCCCGGGCUCCGGAGGACAACCCAGCCACACCUGAACCCGUGGCCGCCAUGGUCUCCAGCCACACCUCCUCUGGACGCAUCCGCAAGGUUAGAUGGGACCUCUGACCUCAGAGAUCAAUGCACAUUUUACAAACAAGGCUCCAGACUCCUAAUACCCUUUACAAAAAGGUUUGACUUGCUCCCAAUGGUCUGUCAGUGCACCUGUCUCAUCUUGAACUCUACUUUCAGAGGGUGCUGGACCACGAUGACUACCUGGAUGAUCUGGACGAUGAGGACUUUGAGGACGAGACCCCAAAGAGACGAGGGAAGGGCAAGUCCAAGGGUCGUGGAGUGGCCAAUGGAAAGAAGAAAAUGGAGGCAGCCGCUGCAGCCCUGGAGGAGCAGGACAAACCUUACGCCUGUGACAGUGAGUAUAGAUUUAUUUUGAUGUAAAUUCUGGUGUAUGUAUGCGUAAUGCAAAUCCAGUUGUUGAUGUGUGUGAUGACUUACACCAUGAUGCUGUGUGUGUUUGCAGUCUGUGGGAAGCGCUAUAAGAACCGUCCGGGCCUGAGCUACCACUACACACACUCCCAUCUGGCGGAGGAAGAGGGGGAGGACAGAGAGGAGAUAGAGUCCCCUCCCCCCCGGCGCCAGCCUGAGGCGCACAAGAGUGAGUCACUGUCUGUAAUGAUAGCCACUGGAAUCACGGUCUACUAUAGAGCUGGUCAUUUCUAUUAUAGAUCUAGAAUCACUCUUGCUUAUCUCAUGUUACCAGACCUGGGUCAAAUGCAUGUCUUAAUAGUUGAGGUGCGCUUCAUUUACUACAACGGAAUAGUCCCAAAAGUGAAUACCCAAAGCUAAAUGAAGCGCACCUCGAGAGCGAGUCAAACUAUUACAAAGUUAAAGAGUCACUCUACUCUAGUUUCAGAGGGAUGUCAAUGUUCUAGGGCAGGUUGAGUGUAUUGUCUUUCAUUCUCAUUGUUCUCUGUCUCCUCUCUUAUCUCAGCUCCUAAGAAAGGCCCUAACGGUCUUGCCCUGCCCAACGACUACUGCGACUUCUGUCUGGGAGACUCCGCCCACAACCAGAAGACCGGCCAGUCAGAGGAGCUGGUGUCCUGCUCAGACUGCGGACGCUCUGGUACGAACCUCCCACCCAUGUCCUACAUUUCCAUUAAAGGAAUAGUUCAGGCAAAAUCUAUGUUUGUGUCGAAUUACCCUUAACUUGAGUUGUGUCUGAAGGAUCAUAGUGACAGAUUCCACAAUAAUCCAUUAUUUAUUUCUGCCACAGCCAGGAGUUGGCAUCGUCAAAAUUCAUGAAUGUAAUGUAGUCAUCUGGCUCUGUUUCAGUGUUCUGUCUAUUUAAACCUAUAUUUAGCCAGGUUGGUAAGUCAUUUAAGAACAGACCUGUGUCUGUCUCCCUUCAGGUCACCCAUCCUGCCUGCAGUUCACAGAUGUGAUGAUGGCAGCAGUGAAGACGUAUCGCUGGCAGUGUAUCGAGUGCAAGUGCUGCAAUGUCUGUGGAACCUCAGAGAACGACGUAAGUGCUGCUCCACCCCUGCCUUCUCACACUUCUCAUUUUCUGUGUCUCCUCACACACACUGCUUCUGUUUCUCUGUCUGUCAGGACCAGCUGCUGUUCUGUGAUGACUGUGAUCGAGGAUACCACAUGUACUGCCUCGACCCUCCUAUGACUGAGCCCCCAGAAGGUAUGUCACAGUCUAACCACAACUCCUCUUUGACUUCAAUGAAGCCCACAUUUACUAUGUUGAUGUUGAACUGGUGAGUUUCCAUGUAUUAAUCUCUCUCUCUCUCUCUCUCUCUCUCUACAGGUAGUUGGAGUUGUCACCUUUGCCUGGCGCUGCUGAAGGACAAGGCAUCCAUAUACAAGCAGCAGAGCCUCACCACAGAGGAUGAAUAGCGGUUAGUUAAUAGUAUCUUUGGGGCCACCCCAGAGUAGCCCACCCUGCCCUCAGCCAGGGGACCCCACCUUACCACCCCACACAACGACAGUAAGCCCCUCACACCCUGGUCCACACCCCUUCAAUGACCAGGAGGUAGGGUCUGGGUCUGGUUGGGGACUGGAAAGGAGGGAGUCCUCUCACCACCACCCUGUCGGCAAGCCCUGCCCCUCCCUGUCUCUCCUCCUAUCACGGCUGUUAACUCACCCGGACUGUUACACACUCUGCAGAGACCAUGUUAGAAAGAAAGGAUUAGCAUCUCAUGCUAACUAUUCCCCAACUCAACUCCCCCUCUCCUUUAUAUAGUGUGGACUGCUAAGACAGGCAGUGUGCUUAAUUUGUUGCCAAAUUAUCUAUUUUUACUUGUUAAACAAAUAACCAGGUGUAUUGAUUUAUGGAUUUCAAAAUAUGAUCACGUUGUUGAGGGAUAUUAAUAGUGGACUUUUGUAGUGAAGUUUUGUCUGUGUACUUCUUUUGGAUGUUUUAAAAACAUUUUUAUCUCAAAGGUUUUCCUGCAACAACAAAAAAACAAAGGAACCUCUGGUGCCAAGGUCCAUAUGCUGUGUCCCAAAUGGCACCCUAU